GAGGGAGGCGUGCAGUCAGGUCGUCACUGCGUUGGGCAAGCCCAGCCAAGAAGAGCAUUCUAGCAGCUGCCGCUGCACGCUGCAACGUGCGCUGAGCCGAGCACACAAGUCCGCUCCCUCGGGGGAAGCCGCCGGCGCGCGCGAGAGCCACUGGCCCUUGCACGUCGCCUCUGCUCCUCCCCCUCCCCGUCGCUGGCUCGCUCGCGGGAGCUUUGCUGCUGUUUUUCUGCAGGAGGGGGGGAGAGACUGGAGAGGUGGCAAGCAAGCAAGCCCCUUUCCUGGUUUUUGCAAAGCUGCUGGUGGUGCUGGGUGUGGAUCUUUGUAUGAAAGGUUCGUCCAUUUGUAAUACUGGCUGCUUCAAUCACCACGCGAACACAGCCAUUCUCCCACCAGUAUGGCGGACGAAGACCUUAUCUUUCACAUGGAAUGCUUCGAUAACACCAAGCUGGCAAAACCAGUUGCUGGGAGUUACCAUGAUGCUGAUAGCGAGGAUGAAGAUAGUUAUUAUAUCUGCCCAAUAACAGACGACCCUGUCUUGAGCAAGUCAGCUAAUGACAAAGUCAGGAACUAUUACACCAACUUGGUCAAAAAUGAGCGGUAUUCUCCGAGGAAUUCUUUUCAUGUCAAGGUUGUCACCAGUCUAUUUCUCACUUGGCAUCUCUUGGGCUGGCAUGAGAAUGGUACUCUGCAACACUGUAAGCAUGGCUCUGUGGUUGACCGUAGCCGGGAAGCCUGGAAGCAUGCCAUUGAGAAAGCCAAGCACAUGCCUGACCCCUGGGCAGAGUUUCAUCUAGAGGACAUUGAAACAGAGCAUGCCAUACGUUACAGAUACAACGCUGUUACUGGAGAGUGGGUCGAGGAUGAGGUACUGAUCAAAAUGGCUUCACAGCCUUUUGGCCGUGGAGCAAUGCGGGAAUGCUUCAGAACGAAAAAGCUGUCUAAUUUUUUACACACUCACAACUGGAAAGGUGCCUUUAACUAUGUUGCCAAGCGAUACAUAGAAACAGUUAACAGGGAUGUUUACUUUGAGGAUGUGAGACUCCAAAUGGAGGCCAAACUGUGGGGAGAAGAGUAUAACCGGCACAAGCCCCCCAAGCAGGUGGACAUAGUGCAGACCUGCAUCAUUGAAAUGAAGAACAGAACUGGCAAGCCCUUGUUUCAUCUGGAACAUUACAUUGAGGGCAAAUACAUCAAAUACAACUCAAACUCAGGAUUUGUACGAGAUGACAACAUCCGCCUCACGCCACAGGCUUUUAGCCAUUUCACAUUCGAACGCUCAGGACAUCAGCUGAUUAUCGUUGAUAUCCAAGGAGUCGGAGACCUGUACACAGACCCUCAGAUCCACACAGAGAGCGGCACAGACUUUGGAGAUGGCAACCUAGGGGUGCGGGGGAUGGCCUUGUUCUUCCAUUCUCAUUCCUGCAACAAGAUUUGCAAAAGCAUGGGACUGACUUCUUUUGACCUCUCCACCAAAGAGAAAGAUGCCUUAUUUCGAAGUAAUAAACUGCUGGAAAAUGCUCAGACUGUUGUGCGAGGCACGGAAGAAAAAUGUGGCAGCAGUCGAGUAAGAACCAUCUCUGGCAGUCGACCUCCUCUCCUUUUCCGUUUGUCUGAAAACUCUGGAGAUGAAAGCAUGAGUGAUGUGGCAUUUGACUCAUUGCCCUCUUCACCUUCUUCAGCAACGCCCCACAGCCACAGAAUUGAAAGUCUUCACUGGCCUGUAUUCAAUGAAGUGGACAACUUGGUUCAUGAGGGCCUUGACAAUCAGCGGGACUCUGAAAAUGGAGGUGACAGUGGAUACCCCAGUGAAAAGAGGAGUGAACAGGAAGAUAUGGAUCACCGAGAAAAAGGGCAUUCCAAUUGCAACCGAAGACGUGAAUCUGAUGAAGACAGUUUGGGCAGUUCUGCACGGGUCAGUGUGGAGAAAUGGAAUCUCUACAACGCUGCCAGAAUUCACAUUCACAGACCCUCCUGUGUUGCGGUGGAAGUGCAAAGACUCAAUGCCUUGGAGCUUGAGAAGAAAAUUGGAAAGUCCAUCCUUGGGAAGGUGCACUUGGCCAUGGUUCGUUAUCAUGAAGCAGGCCGUUUCUGCGAGAGAGACCAGGAGUGGGAUGAAGCAUCAGCUAUUUUUCACCUGGAGCACGCAGCUGACUGCGGAGAGCUGGAAGCUAUUGUUGGGUUAGGACUCAUGUACUCUCAGCUGCCACAUCACAUUCUUUCCGAGGUCACACUAGAGGACACCAAGGAAAAUAGAACAAAAGGAUUUGGUUAUCUACGCAGAGCAGCAGAAGCGGGUGACCGGCCUUCCAUGAUCUUUGUUGCAAGAGCAUAUGAUACAGGCAUAAACCUUGCUCCUGACAGAGACCGGGACUGGAAGGAAGCCCUGCAUUGGUACAAUUCCGCAUUGAACAUGACCGAUUAUGAUGAAGGAGGGGAAUAUGACGGAACACAGGAUGAGCCUCGCUACCUACUCCUGGCAAGGGAAGCUGAGAUGUUGAUGACUGGGGGGCUUCAUCUUGACAAGGACCCACAGAGAUCAGGUGAGCUGUAUACUGAAGCUGCUGAAGCUGCUAUGCAAGCCAUGAAAGGAAGAUUGGCAAACCAGUACUAUCAGAGAGCAGAAGAGGCCUGGGCCAUGAUGGAGGAGUGAUACUAGAACCUAGGCUGUUUUCUUGUGUAUAUAUAUAUCAGUAUAGAUACAUUUUUAAAAGACUUAUUUUGUUCAGGGCAAGGGGUGGGUGGGGAGAGAGAGAGAAAAGUAUUUUUGUGUGGUGUUAACUGAUCUUGUGUUUUCAUAUGAUAAUUUUUCUAACUGUUCCAACAGAAGUACAAAACGGACACAGUAAAAUGUACUGUUACUGACAUUCAGAGCAGCUGCAAUAUCAAUUGCUGUUGGUAUUUCUGUAAAAAUGUCCAACCAGGGAAGCCUGUUCUUCAUUUGGAAGAAAUAAGACAGACGUCUCCUGUUACGGUAGGCAGGAUAGAAAAUUGCUUCGUGUAUACCUCCUACUUCUAUGUUGGCUUCCCUCUGUUAUGAAAUUCAGAUUUCUUGUUAUGAGUGCAUGUUUGUCUUGGGUAAAGAUUUGAUCUUCCAGUGUAGGACAUAAAAGAUGCAAGGAGCUGGGGAAGAUGCCCUUCUAUCCCCACAAUUCUUGAAUCUAUGAAUAGGACCAGGAGAACAGUGUGGAAAUAUGAAGCUGCCUUUCUUAGAAUUAGGAAGCAGCAGCUAAAUAAUGACAACACCUAAAGGCGGAACUUCCUUCAUCAUAUGACUGCUGUCGCCUACAGAAGGUGGAGCCAAGAUGGUGGUAGACUUCCUGGCAUGUUGCCACAAGGAGUUGGCACUUCCUAACCUCCUGCAGUCCUUGCUGAUUUUGUUUUUCUUCUGCUAAAGUUUUUUAGUUCUUUUUUUUUUAAGAAGUAAAGAUUCUCUCUGGUGUCAUCCUGUCCUGUGGUAUAGGAGCCAAUUCAAACAUUCAAGAGCUGCAUAUGGAGCAGUCCUCUUGCAUACCUGUACCACCUCAGGGUGCACAUUUGAAAGUGCCGUGUAAGUCUUCCUGAAGGAGGAACAUUUACUCAUUAGGUAGCAGAUCGAGCCAGAAGCUUCCCCCGCCACCCCCAGUUCAUCCUGACUUUGAAGAAUAAGGAGAUUUGAUACGAGAUUUUGAUCAUUCAAACAAAUUAUAUUCCAUGUGCAUUCUGAGGCGAUACAGUCCUGUGAGGGAACUGUACCACAUGGCCUUCUGUUCUGUAUGUUUGAAUAAGUUCUUAACAAACAAUGGAAAUAAACUCAAUAACUGGAAUGAGAAACAAAAUCCUGCUCAUGACAUGUUACUGGGUUGUUGUUGUGGGGGGGGGGGAGGUUGAACUUUGUAAUAACUAAUCUGUUUUGAGAAGUGACCUGGUGAAAAUGGAAUCCUGGAGUUUCUUGGCUUUCUAUGGCUUUCUUGAUCAUGAGUCUUGACAUUAAAACUGGAAUAUAAUUAAGAUCAAGCAAAAGUUUGAUUGCAGAUAUUGCCUAAUAUUCCUUGGAGGUAUAUAGUCUAGAAAAGGACUAUUUCCCCCUUACAGUCCUACAUUGGCUUUCUAGCACUAAUGAGAAGAAAACAAGAACAAAAUUGAUAUAAAAUUGGGUGGGGAACCUUUUCCCACCAAGGGCUUCAUUUCUUCAUGGGCAUCCUUUGGAGGGCUUAAUGUCCUUGCUGGGCAGAGCCAGACAUGAAAGUGGGAGAAGCAGCUGUGACUCUUACCUUUUGUAAGGAGGCUAUAUUUCAGCCACACAAAAUCUAGCUGUUGCCAUUAGGAAUGGAAUCCAUUGGCCGGUGCUGGUUCAAAAGCAUUCCGUCAACCUAACAGGCCGGCAUCAAUUCAAGUUCUUUCUUUGUCUGGUAGCUGCUGCUUUUAACUGAUCUGGGUUUUUUUCCCCUCACAAAAAAUAUUGAUAUUAUUGAUUUCUGAAAGAAAAUACUGAUGUUUUGAAAGUAUCAAUAAAAUUAAAAUUCAUUUUUGAAAAUAACCACAGAAAAUCACUGAAUAAAAAACUGAUCCGCAGUGAUAAAUAAGCAAACUAAUGGAAAAUUCGGUACCAUAUCCAAAUUGGGCAGAAUUCUAGCACAUCCCUAGUUUCUUCACAUAUAUACACACCACACAUUUCUCUAUCCAGGCAAGCGAGAGGCAUUCUAGCCAGGCACAAGAACUAAAUGAGGGUGUGGAGUAGGAUCUGUGAUGGGUGCGAAAGUGCAGAGAAUCCUGGGGGCCCAAUAGAGAGAUCAGGAGGGCCGCAUUUGGGUCUGAGGUUUCCCACCCCUGAUAUGAAUGAAUGCAACUGUAGCAAAUAAGAUGCUAUUUUUGCAUACCUGGAUGGAAAUUAAAAGUGUAUAGACAAUGUUUUUACAUUAGAGCCCUUUAACAAUGUUGAGGAAAUGCUUUUCUGCAGUUAACUGGAAGCUGAAAUUAAAAGGAGAUCCAAUAUAGUGCUUAAUAAGCACAAUUAAGUGCCCUUCUCCAUAGCCAAGAUCCUUCUAGAAUGUUUUCUCACAAGAGAGUCACUCCAGCAAAGGCCUUGUGCAGUGUUAAUUAAACACUUCAGCCUUUCUUAUUGUUCCUGUUCAGUGCUGCUGGGGAGUGAGCUUCAAUGACUGAUUUUCUCAUAUUUUGUGUGUACAUUUAUCAUAAAAUCCUCUUGUUACAUUAGCUACUGCCACUGCCCUCCAGAAAACAGUGCCUGGCUAAAUGAGAAGCAAUUAAGGUGCAGCUCAUUACUGAUCUGCCAGUUAUGCUGAACAGGAUGUAAUAAAACAGUCAGAGCCUGCACUGCUUUCAGUUGCAGGCACAUUAGCCCUUAAAAGCUUCAAUAGUACAUUGCUUGUGGACACUUUAGUCUGGAUUGAAUUAGAAUUGUCACAAAUCAGAUCUGAAAACAGUGAGGACGACACAGAAACCACUGGAAUGCAACAAUUUGAUAAUAGCUUUGUGUAAAUUCCUUGUGAAAAGGUGGUGGUAAUUUCAGAUAAAAAGUGUGGAAGCAACCAGAAAUUAUUUUAAUGACUCCAAGGUGGCAGUUUUAUGUGCUCAGAAGUGAGUCCCACUGACUGAUAAGACUGAGUUGCAGCAACUCUUCUGUUCACAUUCUGCAGGGUAGUACUUGCUUGUUCGUCUAUGCAAACAAUGCUUUUGCUUGCUUCCAUAAUAGUAUUGUUUUAUUUGCCUGCUUCCCCACUUCAUUAUUUGCAGCUUUCCAUGCCCUUUUGCAGAUUUCACUUGCUCCUGUUUUACUGAGUAACCUAAAAAGUGCUGAGCUGAACUUCUUGCUGCCAGCACUUCAUAUUGAACAAUUCUCCAGCUGGAUUUUUCAGGAGGAGUUGUUAGAGGAUAUUGAUUGUUACUGACAAGUACUCAGAACUUGUGAACUUGUUACAGAUUUGCUGAGCUUGUUGCACAGGAUAAGAGCUUAUCCAGUCCCAAAGGCUUGAGUUGCUAUAUCAUGUUUACAUUAUCCAUCACAAAAGAAGAAGCACAAAAAAAGCCGUGAUGGGUACAUUUUCAAUAAAUUUCUGAUAAAUAAUCUUA